AUGGCGCCCAUUCGACGAUACCUCCGCAUUAGCAAAUACUCAGUACUGGAAUGUCGCAUUUAUUUAGAGUCCCCAUCUGAUUCACGAUGGCUCUUGGACUCUCGCGAUCCUGUCCUUCCGCGCGUUAUCGCUGCGGUUCGGCCGUUGGUGCUUCCGAAGCUGCGUGAAGAGAAUGAGAGAUUGUUCAUGCGCAAGAAGGGCAAGCCGGUCAAAGAUGUCAUUGUAGAAGAUGACUUCGAAGUGGCUAUCUUCCUCCGCGAAUCCCGUACCCGCCAUUCACUCCUCACACGCAACAAGACAUUCCACGGAAAGGAAAGUCAGUUUCAAGACUUGAGCAUGGAGGUGAAACCAGAUCAUGUCUCGGGGGAUACGGGUGCCAACCCGGUAAACUCGGCAGAUGGCGAAAUUAUGAUCGAGAGCGACAGUGAGGUUGAUCUGGAAUUGCACAAGAUUCCCGAAUCUACGUAUGAAGUUUCUGCGGGGAAUGGACGUCGAUCAAGCAAGAGAAGUCGAACAACCAGGGAAGACCAGGUGCCACCCGAAGACACAACUGGAAGUGACGAAAAGAAGCUUCGGUUCAGCACCCAUUAUGAGAGCUUCAAUAUUUAUGGAUGGGUGUUAUGUCUGUUGAUUACCCGCAAGGGCGAUAAAACCAGAACAGAUGCUGUCGUAUCCGAGUCAAAUCGGCAACCUCUGAUGGAAGAAUGGAUUUCAACUCAGGCUCAGGCAUCUGUUGAUGACGAGUGA